CUCGAAAUGACCAACGAAUGUUCAAAAAUAUGCACCUGUAUUCAUUUUUUUGGUAGUUAUCCUCAUAAAGAUAUCGUGCGAGAAAACGUUGUAAAAUACUUUACUCAACUGGGUGUACAAUACGAGCCACCUGAAGAAAUCAACGCACAACCAAAAAAUAACAACAAACAUCCAAAUAAUCAGAAAGUACAACCAACAAAAUGGGCACUUUGUAGAAGAAAACCAAUUGUUGAAGAUUAUUUAUCACCUCUUGAAUCUUUAAAAAUGAGGACAGUGAAGUUAAAAACAAAUCAGAUAGUAGAAGUGCCAGAAUACUUACACAAUAUGUGCAGUUUCGUUUUAAAACAUGCCAGUACAAAGGGCAUUUUUAAGAAACGUGGAAAUAAUACAAAACAAGAAGCUGUUUUACAAAUGAUAAUGCAUGAUCAAUGCCUUCCUCUAGAUAUUUACUCACCUAUAGAUAUUGCUAUGGCAAUACUAAAAUAUCUCAAGAAACUUCCCACACCGCUAAUACCAAGCACACACCACGAAUUGUUUUUCAGCUGCUACGAAUUAUAUGAACGAGAAGAAGCAUUACUUCUAGCUUGUUUGCAACUACCAACAGUAAACAUCAAUGCACUGGCAUAUACACUGCAGUUUUUCGAUGAAAUCACCAAGCACAAAUCUUCAAAUCAAUUGGACUUGGAGACAUUAGUAAACAGCGUGGGUCCUCUAAUAAUGCCAUCUACCAAUAAAAAAUCUGUAGCUAACAGUAUUGUGAAAAUAUUAAUUUCUAGAUCAGAUAUGAUCGGUAUGGUACCUGAAGUUAUGACAGCUAAGUGGCCGUUACGAAGAAAUAAAACAAUUUGUCAGAAACUUACUGCAAUUUUUGUAACAUUCGAAGACGUUUUGAGGAGAAUAAAAGUUUAACUUUUUUGUUUUAAACCUUUAGAUUAUUUUACAUCAUACCUUUUUUAAUUUCGCAUGGCCUGUAGAAGUCAAACACUGCAUGAACUGCC